AUGUCAAUGAGACCUGCAGUAUUCAUUAAGUUUUAUUUAGAAACACAAAAAGAAACACUUGCCUCGCGAUUGUUGAAGUUAGAAGACGGUUUCAAAGGCAGUGCUGCAUAUUGUAGAUGUUUGCUUAUUUACCAGACAAAGAGUGACAGAGAAGGAGAAUUAAAAGAGCGACUAGAAGAAAAGAAGGCAGCAAUAAGAAUAAGAAGAUUGUUGUGCAAAACAAAAAAAAUAAAAGAAGCAAAAAUUCUAAAAGAUCGAUCGAAAGUGUUGCGAAGAAUUUUUCAAAUGAAAAUGAAGCUUUUCUGGAUGAUUGCGGCAUUUCUGCCGUGUAUGAUUCUUGGUGAUACUUUAACAGCCAGUGAGAAAUACAUGACAUCACAUAGUCUAUCUUGCAACGAUUUGAACCCGCAAACUCAUUUAGAUUUUAGCAUGCUUAUGGGACUUUGGUACGGUGCUGAGAUAAUAACACAUCAUGAAGAAAAUGCCUACGAGACUCUCUACGAAUCUUGCGUUGUUGUUCACUUAUCACAAGACAGAGGGGGUGAACCCGAUGCAUUCGAUUAUGUGAACUAUGAUCAAAGUUCAUAUAAUAAUAUGAAGAAUAAUAAUAAUUAUAACAACAUGCAUACCUCUGAUAGACGGUUGCGAUUGGUUUGGGAUGAGCGUGGCAAAACUUUGGAAUAUUCUUUGAGAGUGAAUCGAGCAAGAAAUGGAUUUUGGAUAUCAUCGGGGGCACAAAAAGAUCGUAAACAAUUAGGAACAAUGCUUGAUCUACCCUACAAUCAAUUUACCGGCACAGUACAAGUUAUGAAAGCUGUUGGAAACCAUUUGGUGUUGACAUUCUGUGAAACACUGCCAACUAAUCAAAUCUUCACCAUCGUUCUCACUCGUAAGCCGCAUCUGUUGUCACGUGAUGAACUUCAACCAAUUAGAAGUCUUCUUCGACGACGUGGCUUAAGUGUUCAAUCUGUUAGAAAAGUUUGCAAAAAUUCUGCAUCAUCCAUUGCUGUUGGAAUUCUAACAAUCAUUACAUCAUCAAUUUUCUCACUUCUUAGUCGAAAGUUUUAAACUUUCAAAUGAAAUUUUCUUAUUUCCGCUUUGUGAAAUUCUUUAUUAUUUUAAUUUGCAAGUUUAAAGCUUUUAAUUGUUUUUGCAACUUUGAUAUUUACACCAACAUCACUCAGAUUAAAUGAAGGGCUAUGUGCGUGCCUUCGUUGUUAAUGAACUUUUUAUUUUUAUGUCAAAUUCCAUCCAAUUUAUUUUUAAUUCAACAUUCAGUCUCUCAAAUUGUCACAGCUUUCUUUUCUUUCGAAGUGAAGAUUUAAUUUUAAUUGUUUUAAUGACAUCUAAAUAUUCAAAUGAUCUGAAUAAUUUCUUCCAGCUUUCGGGAUUAUAAUUUGCAAUAAUUUUCUUUUUAUUUAAAUCAAAAUUCAAAUUUCCCAAUGAUAACAUUGAAGAGAGUUCAUCUGGUUGAACUUUGUGAGACAGAACUCAACGAAUUACUCAAUAAAACAAAGAUAAUGCCAUGGAGGAUGAUAAAGAACCGUCAAAUAAUGGUCAAAAAUGAUUUAACUCUGCUGGUAAACCCUCCCAUAAGUUUUAGAAUUUAAAGCAUGACAUAUGCGAUGAAUUAAUUAACGAGAGUCACCAUGAUAUAAGAAUUGUGCCGCGUCGAGAGAUUUUAUAAUCUCUUUUAAUAAUUUUAAGUAAAAUUCCGCUGACUACCAAGAAUAGGAUUAGGAUGAAUUUUUAGAUGUUUGUUAGGCCGCUGAUUUGAUGUAAAAGCGUUUGAAAUUUUUGCAAGCUAUAAGAUUCAUUUAAUUGUGAAAUUACAUUUUAACUUAUGCGUCUACAGAUCGAUAACAUUUUACUAAAAUUAAAAUAGAUAUUUGUACUUUAAGAGUUUUCUACUAACAAGAAACAUUUUCAGAGUCUAAGGAUUAAAGGUACAAAAGGUUUAUGAUGUGUUUAUGACUGUGCCUGAUCGCUUUUGAAGAUUACGAAACAUAUAGCCAAAUAUACACUUGAAUCAAAUUUAAAUGUCAUAAUGACCCAUUUUAGAACCCUCCCCUUCGCUUUCAAAUUUAAUUAAUCUAAGAAGCAACUGUUCUAUUCAAACCCUUCUUUGAAAGAAUAAAAACAAAAUGAUAAUGAAAAUUGGAAACCAAAAAAAAUGUAACAGAAACUGUAACAAUAAACUUUUAUAAAAUUUUAUGAAAUAAAGAUUAACUUAAGUUUAAGUUAGAAAGAAAUGAUCUC